ACACGUACUAUUCUCUAAAGAUCACUUUUAAAGAGGAACCACAAACAUGACCCGACCAAGUGGAGAUGCGUCUUUCAAGAUGAUGGCUGCGGUAGCCGCCCUGGUAACUUUCAGCAAUCUGUGCCUGCUCAUCGCGUUGGUAUCUAAUUACUGGAUCUAUGCGAACGGACGAGAUGGUGUACUCUAUUUAGGAAUCUGGAAAGGUUGCACUGUCGAUCAGUGUUACACACAGACAGCAGGAGUGUACAUGAAGACUAUUUUUAUAAUUACCUUCAUGUUGGCUGUUUUACUCAAUGUGGUUGUUGUUCUGAACUUCAAGUAUGAGUUCUCAACUAUUAAAGGCUACAAAAAGUAUGUGGGAAAACUUAUGUUGAUUUUUGCAUUUCUCGAGGCUACUGGGAUGACACAUGCCAGUAUUCUAUUCAUUCUCUCAGUGUUCUACAGUAGUUUGCACUAUGCCUAUUUCGUAGGAUGGAUCGCUGUUGCAUCGGCCUUUGCUGCUGGGGGUUUGAGCUUUUACCAUGGCCAUAUUGAACCAGAAAUUGAGGACACUCCGACGACAGUUCAAGGAACCACCACAGUCAAAUCUGAAAGCCCCCCUCCAUAUUCCGUUAUGCCUUAAUUCAAUGAAGCACUGUGUACCAACCAUCAAGCCAAUAGACUUCUCCUAGUAUUGACAUUGUUGGACAGCACAGUUAUUGUUUUACAUAUUGUUAGAUGGAAUCCAAUCCUAAAACACGAGGUGAUGUGAGAAGAUUCAGAUAUUCUUGAUAAUCGGUGAUGAAAAUUCUAUGGAGCAAAAUAUCUAUUAUUCUAUGAUCUGAUGAUCUGGAUCUCAUAGCAUAAUGUAUUAAGUAUGUUCAUGUACCAUUAAGAUGUCUUUAUGCCUUUAGCAUCUUCAACAAAGGAGGAUAUUUGUAAUAUUGCUAUUAGCCAAACUCAAUCCAUCCAUGCUAGGGACCACAGGACGGUCAUAUUUUGCCACUUUUGUCCCCUGUAUUCCUAUAGGUGAUGAUAGUAACAAAGACAAGUAAGUUAGUGGCCAUAAAUAGUUUCUGGUUAGUAAUCCGAGAUUCUGAUAAGGAGCAAGCA